GCGUAAGAUUUCUAUAAAUUUCUUUUCCCAGCUAACAGCAAUCAAGGUUGCACGUGUCGGUUUUCUCCAGUCGUAACUGAUAAAUUUGGAACGAAUCCGUCAAUAUGUCUGGGGGCAUUGAGGCUUUACAACUAAAAGAAGAUGACGUAACGAAAAUGCUUUCGGCCACCACGCAUAUUGGUGCGCCGAACUGCGAUUUUCAAAUGGAGCAGUAUGUUUACAAGCAGCGUCAGGACGGUGUCUUUAUUAUUAACUUGAAAAAGACAUGGGAGAAGAUCAUGCUUGCAGCUCGUGCUAUUGUAGCCAUUGAAAACCCAGCUGAUAUCUGUGUUAUAUCAUCCAGGCAGUAUGGUCAGAGAGCUAUCUUGAAAUUCGCUAGCGCAACAGGCGCUACCCCGUUUGCUGGAAGAUUCACUCCAGGAGCGUUCACUAACCAGAUCCAAGCUGCUUUCCGUGAGCCACGUCUUUUGAUCGUCACUGAUCCCCGUGCUGAUCAUCAGCCAAUCACUGAAUCAUCCUACGUGAACAUCCCGUUGAUCGCUUUGUGCAACACCGAUUCUCCGAUCCGAUAUGUCGACAUCUGCAUCCCAUGCAACAACAAGUCCAAGCACUCUGUCGGCCUCAUGUGGUGGCUUCUUGCACGAGAAGUCCUCCGUUUGAGAGGAACCAUCCCAAGAUCCCAACCCUGGGACGUGAUGUGCGAUCUUUACUUCUACAGAGAUGCAGAAGAGAUUGAAAAGGAUGAACAAGUGGCAGCAGAGAAGGAACACCAGAAGGAAUUGGAGGUUGAAACUACCCAACCAGAAUGGGGAACCGAGCAAGUUCAGCAAGAUUGGGCCGAGUCUUCCAUCCAACCAAUCCCAGGAGCAGACAUCACCGCUCCUCAACCAGCCGGCCACAUUCCUGCUGUUGAUGAUUGGGCAUCUGCUCCGCCUCCAAUGAAAACUGAUGGCACCGGAGAUUGGAAGACAACCGGGAAUGAGGAGUGGGGAGGUUUCUAAUCUUCUGACGACAGCUUCAUAACAGCCAUCUUUAAGUUGGAGCUCAUUUUCAAUGCGGCAAAGUUUCGUACUUGGAAACAAUAUAUAAAAAACUCAAUAAAAAUCCUCCAACAUUGAAA